AUGAGGCCUGGGAUGGGGGGCUGGGGCUGCCUGCUGCUGACUGUGGCCGAGGCCACCCUGGUGCUGCUCACGAGGCCCCCAGGUUCUUGGGGGGUCCACAUCAUCGGAGGCCACGAGGUGGUCCCCCACUCCCGGCCCUACAUGGCGUCCGUGCACUUCAGAGGCCAGCACCACUGCGGGGGCUUCCUGCUCCAUGCCCAAUGGGUGGUCUCGGCCGCCCACUGCUUCCGCAACAGGGACCCCCUCGAGGGCCUGGUAGUGCUGGGGGCCCAUGACCUUCAAGCCCCUGAGCCCACACAGCAGGUGUUCAGCAUCAAGCAGGCCUUCAUACACCCCAACUACCAGCCAUCCAGUCAUGCCAACGACAUCUGCCUGCUGAAGCUGAACAGCUCGGCUGUCCUGGGCGGCGAGGUCGGCCUGCUGAAGCUGCCGCAGAAAGGCUCCAGGCAGCCCAAGGCUGGGGCGCUGUGCCGGGUGGCCGGCUGGGGCUUCAGGUCGGACUUCGAGGACCCGCCUCCUGCGCUGAUGGAGGCGGAAGUCCGCGUGCUGGGCCUGGACGCCUGCAACAGCUCCUGGUGUGGCCAGCUGAGCCCCGCCAUGCUCUGCACCCGCAGUGGCGACAACCAGCGGCGCGGCUUCUGCACGGCAGACUCCGGGGGGCCCCUGGUGUGUGGGAGCAGGGCCCACGGCCUCGUCUCCUUCUCGGGCUUCUGGUGCGGGGAUCCCAAGUACCCCGACGUGUACACACGGGUGUCUGCCUUUGUGACCUGGAUCCGGGGUGUGGUUCGGAAGGACCUGCGCGGCACCACCACAGCACCCUGCCCGGGCCCCCCGGGCCCCUUUCAGGUGCUUGCUGCCCACUGCCCAGGGGGGACACUGAGGCCCAGAGAGGGGGCAGUGGGCACCCCAAGGCCCUACACCUGUGUCUCCCCUCAUGCUUCCAGAACCCCCACUACUCCAGGCCCUGAACUAGGACCCCCCUAG